GAGAGCGGGGAAGAGUCGGAGGGCCCAAGUGGGCGGAGCGAGUGGAAUCCAUGGAUGCUGAGCUACGUCUUGCUGAGGGUCGCCGUUUGCUCAGCCCAGCAGAACUGCUGUCUGCUCGCACGCGUGAUCACAAGGUCCCUCAGCGCUCGCAUGGCCAGAAGGAUUUCCUCCCCAAUGGAUCGCAGGAGCAAGAGGAGAGGCUGCGUCAGUGCCGGGAAGAACACUGGCAGCUUUUGGAGGAAGAGCGUGUGGAGCGGUUGGGAAGUCUGGUGGCAGCUGAGUGGAAGCCCCAGGAAGGUAUUGUCGAGCUGAAAACCCCUGCUGGGAAAUUCUGGCAUACUAUGGGUUUUGCAGAGCACGGAAAGCAAUGCUUGCAUCCAGAAGAAGCCCUGUAUCUCCUGGAAUGUGGAUCUAUUCAGCUGUUCUACAGAGGCCUGCCUAUGUCAGUUCAGGAAGCCUAUGAGAAUCUGCUAUCCCAGAAGACAGUGAGCCUGCUGAAGUACCAGGUAUUCAGCCACUUGAAAAGACUGGGUUACAUCGUUCUGAGAUUCCAUCCCAGCAGUGUUCCAACGCCAUAUGAGAGGCAGCUGAAUCUGGAUAGCCACUGCCAGGGCACAGAGAGAAGUCGCAGCAAGAGGCGGAGGAGCUCCAGCCCUCGGUUGUCACAAGACAAGAAACCCAAAGAUACAGAGAAGUCUCAGGAGUGCAGAGAGUCGCCCCAAAAGACCAGGAGGUAUCACGAGAGUUCCAAGCACCCAACGUCCGAUGAUUCUUCCAAGGAAAGCACGAAUGGUUCAGAUCCUAAAACUGCAGUUGUGGAGCCAGCCCCAUCUUGUAGCGUCCCAAGAGAAGCUCCAGCUCGUGCUCAAGAUGACAAGAAGAGGUGUAGCAAGACCUUUCGUGGGGAUCGCAGCAACGUCGGUCCUUCCCGCUGGGAUUACACCACUAUUACUUUCCCCAACAUGGGUGCCGAUUGCCCGCAGACCCUCCUGGCAGAGCCUGAUAAGAGGCUCCUUCCGGAGAACAUAACAGCCCGGGAGGUUGAUGCGACCCGUUGGCGCAGGAAGCUCAACCAGAAGCACGAGAGGUUGACCCGCAAGGAGCGGGAACAGUUGAAGUGGGAGAGCAGGUACAAAAGCAGCGUCAACGAGGAUAGAGAAGUCCGGCUUUGCUCCACUUGGCAAGAGUAUAAGGCGCUUCUGAAAGAGAGGAGGCGGUGGGAGGAACGGAACCGCCCUACACACCUCUGGGAGCAGGCGGUCACCCCGCUUGUGAAGCCAGACCAAGAACUGUCAACAGCGAGUGUGCUCCAACAGAUCAGUGUGUUCCAGCCCUCCCAUAUCCUGGAUGAGGCAUCUCUACUGCAGAACGAUACCAGGCAUAUGAAGAUUGAUUUUGAUGUGUAUCAAGCAGAUGUGGCUUCCAGCUUCAAGAAGAAUGACCCUGGGAAGCCUUACGCCCGGAUGUGUGUUCGCAGCUUUGAUGAGCCGAUCCCAUCCCUGAGGGCAGUGAAGCAGCUUGCUUGCCAAAGUGGAGAUGUCACAGUGGUCUUUGCACUAGUAGACAAUGGAGACAUCUCUUUCUACUCUUUCAAGGAAUUCAAGCUGCCUGUGGACGUUCAUCCCUGAUGUUCCUGCUGUCACAUCGGGAAACAUCUUUGGAACUGGUGUGUGUUUUAUACAAAAUAUUACUCAGGACUAUAUAGAAUUUAAUAUCUACCUACCUUGUGUCGCCAGUAGAUGCAAUUUUCAUGCAGCAAAAGCCUGCCCAUUUCAUAAAAGCAAAGAGUAGUUCAAACAAAACAAACAUUUCUGGACAGAAACGUGCAAAUGUAUUUUGUUUGGUUUUUGCCUGGACAUGGCAUAGUGGCUCUGCCAAUCUGGAAUGAUUUGCUAGUUAUUUGAUGCCAGGGAAGUGUUUCCAUGAUAAAUAAUGUUGCUCGUACCAUCUGGAAGCCUUGGCAAACAUAAACUCUAGAAACCAACAUUCAGUAUCAGUGAUUCAACAAGUGACGCGGAGCAAGCCAUUAUUGCAGGGAUAGCCAAUGUUGUUGGACUGCAACUUCCAUCAUCCCUGACCAUUGACCUUGCAGGCUCUGGCUGAUGGGAAUUGUAAUCUAACAUCUGGAGGACCGUAUUGUCUUUCCCUGUGUUUAUUGCAUGAUGUUCUUUCUAGUCACAGAACAGCCAGUGAAAACCUGAGAAUAGUCUUCUGUGGUUAGGCAGAUAGAUGAUUCUUCAAGUGCUUUCCUCACCGUCUUCAACAGCAAUGAUCUUUCAGAGGAAAGGAAACUACAGAACAUGGAGAUUUUGCAGAGAGUCCAUGGAAAAAGACACCACCAGUUUGUGUGUGUGUGUGUGUGUUAUUUCCAUAAAGUUAGUGAACCUUUAAUUAUUCAGAGCUGGAGUCAUUAUUACUGGGCUGCCAUACUUCUACUUUACAGCUUCUCUCCAGGAUGCAAAUUGAUAUUCCCUGUUGAGAAUUAACUGUCUGUAUUACAAAGUUUAUUUAUAACCCUUGCUGCUAUGGAGUUUUUUUCUUCUUCUCCAGAUACCAAAUUUCUGCCUCUUUUUUGCCUAUGAACUUGCUACAGUCGUUGAAGCCAGAAAGCAGUUAUCAAAAAUAAAGGGCCUGUGUGUUUUUUCCUAAGAAAUUUUAGAGGUAGUUUUGUUUAUGAAGGUUGGGGUUUUUUUUGCCAAGUGUGGAGGCUAAAGCAAUAAAAUAACAAUUAGGUUUACAUUAA